GAAAACACCAAGCCAACCACACCCCCUAACCAACUUUGAGCAAUGAGAACAAUCUAGUAGAUCUUCUCAAAAUUUCCCCACUUUCCUGAACUUCCCAUCAUGAAAUGGGAUAUGGAGAUCGACGAACUCGAACCGGUGCUCGAGAAAAUUUGGGACUUACACGACAAGCUAAGCGACGCAAUUCACUCGAUCUCACGGGCUCACUUUCUCAGUUCCGUCAAGUCAUUGACUAGGAAGUCGGAGAAGAAGCCGCAUAUGAACGACGACGUAGAUAACAAAAACCGGUCCGGUUUCGUUUACGUCAAGGACUUGCCGGUAGUGGAUCCGGACUCUGCGAUUCAAGAGGCGAAGAGUCUUAAUGCUAUACGGACAGCUCUCGAGAACCUGGAGGAUCAGCUCGAAUUUUUCCAUACUGUACAAAUGCAGCAGCAUGCCGAGAGGGAUGCUGCAAUUGCACGUUUGGAACAGAGUAGGAUGGUCCUUGCAUUGAGAUUGGCUGAACACCGUCAUAAGAAGUACACAGUCAUUGAAGAAGCCAUAGCAUUUGUAGGCGAUGUACACGAUGCAGGUUGCUUUGUCACUCCUGAAAACCUGUAUGGUGGACCUGUAAGUCCUGGUGAUAAUCUUCCGGUGAAAGAGAGGACGAAUUCUCAUAUAGUGAUCAAAGUUCUCAUAUCAAGUCUCAGUUUUAUAAGAAAGUCCCUUAACUUGGAUAGCAUGGGUGGUAUCGUGGGGAAUGCUGCCUUGGUUGCAAUUAGCAUGGUUGCAUUCCUGAACCUGCAUCAGGCAACCUAUGGCGAGCAUCCACAAAAGAGGGAAGAAAGUAUUUAUAGGAACAGAAAUCUAAGUAUAACCUCUCAGCAGGAAGGGUUUUCAUCUAGUGGCACUUUGGGUCACUUAGAUGUGAUGAUGGCUAGGGGUUGAUGAGAUAGAUUGAAUUCUUUUUGCAGUUACAACAAUUUACAGAGGCUAUGUUGUUGUCUUGAAUCUUGAUACCAGGGGAAAAAAAAAAAUUCCUUAGCGUUUGUGAUCAUUUCUGCGAAAAUUUGGAGAUUUUGGUGAGUGUCAGCAGGUUCAGGUAGUGAACUUCUAUCCUCCUUGUUGUAGAAAUGUGGUUGAGGCUUGGGUUCUCGUGGUUGUAAAUGUGCUUGGUCAACAGCACUUGUCGUAUAUAAAAUUGUUGGUUCUUCCCCUUCUUUGCCUUUCCAAAUUGUGUAUAUCCCAACUCUGUGAGUGAGAGGUUUUGUGUAUUAUGUUAUUACUUUAUCACUCGUCAAGGCUUGUUGAAUACAGAUGUUCUUAGAGAGCAUACAUUGUUUGUAAGCAUUGUUCUA